AUGAAAGGAGUCGUGGACAGCCUUACAAGUCUUCGAGCUGAGCUCGUGGCAUCCCAGAAGCAGGUCCUCAAGAAGCUUGACAUGGAGCUCGAGAGAGUCAAAAAGAACACGCAACCACCUCUGCCAGCAACAUUUCGGGAGGCUCACGAGUUCGUUCCAGGGUCGCCACAGCCCCUUUCCCCAACGACGCCUACGCGAGCAUGGGCAGACGGUUCGGCCAGGACGAACACGCUUGCAACAACAUCGCCGAAGGCAUCACUUCCUGGCGCCCUUGACAGCGACGAAGAUGCCCCUGCAGAUCCAAGAUCUACACUCUCGCAACUAUGGUCCGUUGCUGAACAGCGCAAGAAGCGAAUGCCCUGGAUCAACAAGCAGAAGACGACGGUGAUGGAAAAGCUGCCGGAGAAGCAGCCGGACCAGCAGCAACACCAAGCCAUAGGUACUCCAACAACAUCUGAUGAGGAGGACAAGCGAGUGUUCUCACAGCUGAACUCCGAGUACGCGGUGGAGCAGUUGAGGAAGAAUGCCAUCGCGGGGUUUCGCGCCCAAUCAAGGCUUCCUGAAGAAAGCCUUUGGAGCAGGGUGGUGCGCAGCCCACACUUCGAGCGCGUUGGCCUUGCGAUGAUUUACCUGAAUGCCAUCUGGAUUGCCUUGGACAUUGAGUUUAACAAGUCGCUCAUUGUGCUGCAGGCCGACCCAGGCUUCAUUGUCGUUGAGGUCUUCUUCUUGAUCUACUUCACUGGCGAGCUGAUCAUUAGGUAUAUGUCAUACCAAACCACGAAGGAAGCCUUCAAGGAUCCCUGGUUUUGGUUCGACUUGCUCUUGGUGAUCAUCAUGGUUGUGGAGACAUGGCUCAUACCUAUUGUGGACAUGAUCAUCGAGGGCGUUGCCGGGGCUGGCAGUGGCAUGGGUCGAAGUGCUUCAGCGUUUCGCACUGUUCGAGUUCUACGAGUCCUACGAACAGCAAGGAUAAUCCGAGUCGCCCGCUACAUGCCGGAAUUGAUGAUUCUCAUCAAGGGGCUGAUGGUGGCUGCGCGGUCGGUCUUUUUCACCCUGGUGUUGCUCCUGCUCAUUACGUAUGUCUUCAGCAUAGCAUUCACACAGCUCGCACAGGAGACGCCGCUCGAUCAAAAUGAAUUCUCCUCCGUGCCUGUCACCGUCCUGAAUUUGGUCAUCAUCAGCGUGAUGCCCGACCAAGCUGGCUUCUACGAAAAGGUUCGUGACGAAGGCGGAUGGGGCCUGGGUGCCCUUGUGCUAAUUUUUGUCCUGGUUGCCUCGCUGAUCGUGAUGAAUAUGCUGGUUGGUGUUUUGGUCGAAGCAGUUCAAACGGUCGCCACUGUGGAGCAUGAGCAGAUUCAUAUCGAUUUCGCAAAGCGAGUGCUGUGGGAGAUGCUGGACAGCGGGGGUGCAGAUUCGGAUGGCGACAACCUGAUCUCAGAGCAGGAAUUUCUGAAGCUCUUGGAGACGCCAGAGGCCUCGAAGGCGUUGACACGACUCGGUGUGGACAACACUGCCGCUGUCGAAUACGGAAAGCUUCUAUUUGAGGAUGGCCAGCCCUUGACCUUCGGAGAAUUCUUGGAGGGCAUGCUACUGCUCCGCGGGUCAAACCAAACCACCGUGAAGGACAUCGUCAACCUCCGAAAAUACGCCGCAGAUGAGUUCUCCCAUCUCCACGUCGUACUGGCCGAGGUGUGCAAAGUCCUUGCAGGACAGGCAUCUGCACCACCUCUCCAGGCCACAGCUAAGCUCCUCCAGGAAAGGAUCGACCAGUACGAGAGGGUCCGCCCGAUCUGUGCAGACGAAGUGUGA